AGUGCUGUUGCGUCACGGCGCAACCGGAUCUGCGUGACGAGGACGGAAAGACGCCGCUAGACAAGGCCAGGGACGCGUCGACGAGGGCCAUCGUGAAGUCGCUUCCAUCCUGCAGUCUCCAGGCGAAUGGAUGAUACCUGCUGACAAAGACAAGAAAUGUGAGCAAAUAGAGCCGGAAGAGUCGUGGGAACCGAAGGGAGAUCCAGAGAUGGCUCCAGUUUACCUCAGGCGACUGCUGCCCGUAUUCUGCAAUACAUUCCAAUCGACAAUGCUCGCUUCUGUCAGGAAAGCAAGUCUCAGCCUCAUUAAGAAAAUGGUGCACUACAUUCAGCCAUCAAUACUCGUUGAGGAAUGCACCUCAGAGCCGGCAGUUUUCAAUCUAGGAACAACUCUAGUUGAAGUCAUAGCUACAGUUCUAGACAAUGAGGUGAGUGUCAACUAAACAAUUUAAUUUAUCGAUCUAUUGAUACAAUUUCACUUUCUCGAUUAAUUCUAUCGAAUUUCAUCGGUGAAAUAAUGUUUAUUUUACUUUUAAAUUGGUCGGAAUAAUAAUUCAGCUUGAAGCUACUAUAUAAAGUCUACAUCUUUUUU